AAAGUCUUCGACAAAAGGCAGGAGGUAAAAUACAUGAAAGCACCUAAUAUUCUUGCUUUUAUGUUCACACAAUUCUGAAAGUAGAAAGAUAAGCAAAACUGGAAAGAAGAAGCAAAACAGAGAGAAAGAGAAAAUGCUGACAGCAAUAUCAACUUCAUCAUCAACCGUUUUCUUGUCAAGUUCCAAAUCAAUAUCCAAUCUUUCCCCUACAAUUCUCCACCCCUCACAAAACUACAAGCAUCAAACAUUUGCCAAAAACGCCGCUUUCGCAGUCCGUUGUGAGGCAGUUGAAGUUGCAGCAGCUGCUACCUCAAAGAAAAAGAAAAGAUAUGAGAUUGAAAAUCUAACCACCUGGUUGUUGAAACAAGAGCAAGCGGGUCAUAUUGACGCGGAGCUAACAAUUGUACUAUCCAGCAUUUCCUUGGCGUGUAAGCAAAUAGCUUCUUUGCUACAGAGAUCUAGCAUUAUCAACCUUACGGGGACUCAAGGAACUAUCAACAUUCAAGGCGAGGAUCAAAAGAAACUCGACGUUAUUUCCAAUGAGCUGUUCUGUAAUUGCCUGAGAUCCACGGGGCGAACAGGAGUUAUAGCAUCAGAGGAGGAAGAUGUGCCUGUUGCGGUUGAAGAGACGUAUUCAGGGAACUACAUUGUCGUUUUUGACCCUAUUGAUGGAUCUGCAAACAUUGAUAUUGCUUUAACCACUGGCUCAAUUUUUGGAAUUUAUGCUCCUGAUGAGCAAUGUCUUGUUGACUAUGAUGAUGAUACGCUCGACGAAGCAAAAGAGAAGUGCAUCAUUAGUGUUUGUCAGCCAGGGAGUAACUUACUGGCAGCUGGCUAUUGCUUGUACUCAAGCUCAGUGGUUUUUACUCUCUCAAUAGGAAACGGUGUGUAUGGCUUCACCUUGGAUCCAGCAUAUGGGGAAUUUGUUUUGACACAUGAAGAUAUCAAAAUACCAAAUCCGGGAAGAAAGAUCUACUCUUUUAAUGAAGGAAACUAUGAUCUCUGGAGUGAUAAGCUCAAGAAAUACCUUGAUCAUUUGCGGCAGCCAGGUUCCAAUGGCAAACCCUACUCAGGGCGUUAUAUUGGUUGCCUUGUUGGAGAAAUUCAUAGAAUGCUUUUAUAUGGUGGCAUCUACGGGAAUCCUGACAAUGAGAAUGCCAAGAAUGGGAAUCUGCGGCUACUCUAUGAGUGUGCCCCGAUGAGCUAUUUGGUAGAACAAGCUGGAGGAAGAGCAAUUGAUGGUCAUCAGAGAAUACUUGACAUUGUGCCUAAGCAGGUACACCAACGCACUCCAAUUUUUAUUGGAAGUGCUGAUGAAAUCGAGAAGCUAGAGAAGUACUUGGAAUGAAAAUCAUGCACCAAAUUAUUUUACUUUUGAACCCGCCUUGUUAUAUUGUUUAAGACUAUCUACAUCGGAUAAAGGUUUGAUGUGAAGAGCAUUUUGUUGAGGAUUUCUAGUCCAACUGGCAAACGGAACCUCACCAAUUCAAUAAAUUCCAGUGCAAGGAGAAUAACUCUCUUGAUAACAAUAAGGAGACUAACCCUCUCAGAUAAGAAUAGACGAAAAUCAAGUAGAAGGCCCUUACAUAGAGCAGUAGUGAAGACAUCUGCAACCACUAUUUGAUCUAUUCAUAACAGACAAGAAGCACAUACUUUUAGUUCUUGUUUGCUUA